UGACAGCCCAUACCUGACCUCCCAAGGAAACCGCUGCCUCUUCCUGCAUCUCUGAGAAGUGCGACCAGCAGAUAACAUGAAGCCCAAAGCUAUUGCGUCGAGGCUGUUCAACAGGAAUUCGAAAGUAGCUGAUAGCCUGAACGUCCAAGCGGCAAAGUAUCAGCAGCAUGUGGACUUGAUCACCGGGGAUCACCCAGAAAGGUCGGAUCAGACAUCCCAGGGUGAUGGCAGCUGCAGACAGAAGAAGUGCCACAAAGAAGUACACUUUGCCUUUCUGAAGGAGAACUACGAGCCACUGAUUGAAGAUGAGGCGAGAGUCAGAGCAAAAGAAGAGAAGAAGCAAAAGAAGAAGGAAAACUACGAAAAAGUGAAGAAGAAUUUCGGACAAGCACUUCGGUACACAUGGAAAUGCCUUAUGCUUGGCCUUCACAAUUUUGCCCUCGGGUAUUCUACCCCGAUUACAGUAGCAGCUGCUUUUGGCCCUGACUUCCACCAAGACAGAGACAGACGCUGAGCGCAGCAGCUUGUUGUCUGUUCAUAAUCCAUAACCCCUGGACACUGACCAAAGAAUUUUUUAUAUGUCUUAUAAUUUUUGUGGAUUUAAAAUUGCAUUUUCAAUGUGUCUAAACAUGUAACUCUAACACUGAAUCACAUGUUAGCUGUGCUUUAAGCAGCUCAGUCAUAACUGUACAAUCUGCCUUUAUCACAGCACAAACAGACUCAUCAUAUCAGUAGGAACAGCUUGUGUUAGUAUUCAGAGGCUUGUUGUGUUCUAAUCAAAUAACUCGGUUGUCAUCGAUUUAUCUGUUUGCAUGUGUGCUUUUCCAACUCUUUUGUUGUUCAUAUUGGUUGUUUACACUAAAAUCCUGAUGUGUUGUUGCAGAUCAUUAGGUUCUAGAUAUUCUUUCAGCCCACCAGAUUAGCAGGGAUGUGCGAUAGCUACUUGGUUAAUAUCAUAACAUCUGGCACACAGUGUAUAAAGCUGCUCUUUGUACUGACACAGUGACCUCUAUAUGUACUCCUUAAAUUCUAAACCAUGCACGUACUAACCAUCAGAUACACUUUUUUUCACUUGGAGAAUGUUUAUAUCUGUCUGGUGUUUGCAGGUGUACAGAGGGAAAAUACUGUCAUGUGGUAUCUACAGCAGGUCAGCAGUAACAGGAGUAGUUGAUUUAGGGCAGAUUUUUUUUUUUCAAGGAAUUUAUAAGCUGGAAAUAUUUCAGAAGGUAGUGAUCGUCAGUCAAGUGCUAGAAAUGAUGAGUAAAGUCGACUCCCACAGUGAGAAGGAGGCCGGUCUUAAACACCUGCCUCCAGAGUGUUUUAAUUUUCACAAUUGUACAAGCUGGACAAAGCCGUAGGUAAUGGUGACCAGGAGGUUUUUACUGAAUUUCUGCAGGAUCUAUGUUUACGAGGAUUCUUUGACAUGAAUGUGAGGGUUGUCCCAAACAUUUCAGUGUUUCUGUAUGUGUCAGUUUGAUCAUUUGUAAAGGUUCUGAAAGUCAUGAUAUUUGUAAGUUGGGGUGUAUUAAAGCUUUAAUGUGUGUACACCAAAAAAAAGCAAAACAAAAAAAAAAAAAUCUAUUUUCUUUUUUUUUUUUUA